AUGGAACAUAGAAAUUCACUUAAUUAUAAAGCAAACAAAAUUAAUGAUUUAAGUAGAAUGCUAAAUAACCCCAACUCAGAUAAUGAUAAAAAAAAAAGUAUUGAAAAUGAAAUAAAUGAAAAUUGUCAAGACAAUUUUAUUGAACAAUUUUGCCAAGACUUAAAUAAUGAAUCCGAAGAAAAUGUAAACGAAGAAAAUAAAAAUGAAACAAAUUUAUUAACCGAUAUAGACAAUAAUUUUAUUUUAAAAAAAAAAAUUUAUGAAAAAAAUAUUGCACAAAUAGAAAAACAAAUACAAACAAAUAAACUUAAUAGACUUAUUAAAACAAAUGAAAUUAUGAUAGAAAUGCUUACAUUAAUAAAAAAUAGAAAAUUAAAUACAAAAUCGUUUUUUUAA